AUGAAAAUCCUCCCGAUUCCGUGGCCGCAAAUAUGUUACAUAUACCCAACUAUUCUUUUCAUUGGUGUCCUAAUUAAUUCAUUACUACCGAACGAAACAUUACAAUCUCACAAAUCAAACUACUACGUCUUGAAUUCGAAAAACAUAUUCAAUCAGGUAAUGGCAUACAAUGGUAACAAAGUAUGGUCUAUCUUAUUUAUCUUACUAUCCGUGAUACAAAUUCGAUUGCAAUCUACAAAUAUAAAUUUAUUACCACGUCAUGUAGAUUCAGCCGCAUCGAAAAGGCGACAUGUUAAUUCAUUAAUUAAGCAAUACGUGAUAAAAUUUGUUUUAAAGAAUGUGUUAUUAGCUUUCUUGUUCCUAAUAAUUGAUUCAUUAUUCAUUCUUACUGGGGGAGAAUGUAAUCUAAUUGAAGAUAUAUGGUCUGCAGAGCAUUGUAAGGCUAAAGGUGGGAGAUGGGAAGGGGGGUUUGAUAUAAGUGGUCAUUUCUGCUUUUUGAUUAAUAUUAGCUUGAUUCUUUGGUCUGAGCUUUCCCUUUUGAAUAAAGUUCUAGAGGAUAGAGAGGAAACUUUUACUAAGAUUGAUAAAUGGAUGGAAGGUGUCAUUGUGAUCAUAUUGGGUUGUCUUUAUUUGUGGAUGGGUAUACUUUUUGUGACUGCUGUUUAUUAUCAUACUCUUUUGGAAAAGAUAUUAGGAUGUAUCUUGGGAUUUGUUUGUCCCAUCGUCAUGUAUUAUUUUAUACCCAAUAAUGUUAAAUUAAAACAAACUCUUUACAAAUAA